GCCAAAACGCAACGCUGCGAGCCAUCUUUCAGCAGUACAUACUGCGCACUUCGUGAUUUGGAACGGCGCGGCGUCUUGGUGGCGGCGCGAAGCUCGCUUCGUGAAGACCGCGAAGUGAAGCGCACCGCUCACUGUUGAUCACAUGCAUCGACAAACACCUGAGCCCAAGAGCGGCCCCACUAAACAUGCGAAGCCACCACUCACCAAUUUCAGAGCCAUUGAUAAAUAUCUGUCGUCCACGCACGUACAUCCAUCUCCUUGACCACUCCAUCCGCCUGACGACAUCACUGCGCGGCGCCAACAAGAUGGCAGCUUCGCAACCACCCACAACCACCACCACCGCUGUGACUGGCGGCGAAGACCACCAUGCCGACAGCUCCGCAGCCGACGAGCUUCCACCCAACUCCCACGAGCGCGUAGUCACCCCUGACUUCGAUGGCGUCUCCACUCGAGAGGUUGUCUGGUACAACAAAAUGGAGGCUUUGUACUAUGCCGACGUCUUUCGACUGCGCGAGGUAACCGCUUCGUCGCUGAAGAACAACGAGCCAUCGGAAGCGGUGCAAGAGGGGUGGACCGUGUACGUUCUGUUUGAGCACCCAAAUGAGGCCGAACGUGUCGGCGAAUCCAGAACCGAAGCAAGCAUCCUCACAGGACCACGUCGAGACGAGCUGCUUGCCCUGAGGCCACCAAGACCCACGAACUUCAAGCCCGAAAUGCUGGUGUUGGCCAAGGGUGACCAUCAGUACUAUUACCCGGCCGAAAUCUUCAAGAUUGAGGCGCGUGGCCGUCAGCGUUCCAACCGCUACCACGUACGCUUCCUUGCUCGUCGCUUCCAUCAUCUGGAACAUGACAAGGAGGUGGGAUAUGACAAUCUGGUGCCUCUGAGUAGCGCCUCCGGGCUGAGAGUAGCGGGCAGUAAGGAUAUUGGAUAUUGGAGUUACUUGCCGACCACCAAGAAGUUGCGAGACGACUUGGACCUAGGCGACAUCAAGCCGUCUUCACGCAGCGAAGGCAAGCCUGCCCCCAAGAAGCCUGCCUCGAAGAAGAAGAAGAAGAAGAAUGUAGCGACGGAAGAUAGGGUUGUGAAGAAGAAGGCUUCAAAGGGCAAGAAGGCUGCUAAGAAGGGUGCCAAGACUGAUGUCUGAACUGAGGCGAUAGUGCUAGCAACAGACUAGCUUUCCACGCGUUAUGAGAAGGCUGCGACAUAGCGCCUAGAGCUUGGCUAGGGACGGAGUUCUUGCACGACUAGCUUUACGCGGUAUUGGACGCACCGGCGC